UCGAUACCCCAUCUUCGGGAAGCUAUCCAGACGCUGGAGCAUAAGAUGGCGAAUCUCAUGAGUGCCCGAGAUAUGCUGGAAUCGCGACUGGAACAAGCCGUACGUCUCCAAUCGCCCAUCCAGCGCUUACCCAGCGAGCUUCUGGCGUCCAUAUUUGUUGUGGGUGUUCUCGACAUGCCGGAGGAAGAUUCAUUGAGCGUCUCCGCUAUUAUGCUGGUGUGUAGACACUGGGCGGAGGUAGCUCUGAACACGCCGGCGUUGUGGGCGAGGUUGGUCCUGCGUAGCCAGAAGUCUAUCGAGAGGGCGAAGCUCAAGCUGGUGCGAUCGAAGUUGGCGCCCCUGGAUAUCACCCUAGACUUCAAUCCGCGGCUGGAAUCUACGGGUCAUAUAACGCAGAAUGUUGUCCAUGCGAUGGACGUACUGCGGCCGAGCAUCUACCGGUGGCGAUCAUUCUCGUUGAUCGUAUCGAAUAGGCCUCAAGCGCAUGCAGCACUUCAGCGAUGCAGAGACCCUGCGCCUCUCCUGCAAGCCCUGUCCAUACAGGUGUCAAAUUCGAUGCAAGACGAUCACUAUUCCAUUCCGCCGUUGCCCCUUUUCAACGAGCAGCUGCCUCAGCUACGUUCCGUUUCCUUCACGUCUUUCAACUUCGGGUGGGAUCGGUGCCUGGUUAGUGGAUUACGGGUGUUGAAACUAGCAGGAUACUGGGAAGACUUUGCGCCCUCGGUAGCUCAAGUCAUGGAUAUCCUCCGGGCGUGUCCCAAGCUUGAGGAAUUCUCACUCAGGAACAUGUCCGAUGUCGAACCUGAACCCGGUUCCGCUUGGGAAGAUCCGCCUGGAGAGUAUGCUGACGACACCUUUGCAGCUACUCAUCCACAGCGCGGGAUGAUUCAUCUUCCCAAGCUGUCCAAGAUGUCUUUCUACUACUCUGGUAUCUUGCGCACCCAGGCGAUUUUGAGUCAACUUGUUUUCCCCUCUCUCGAGCGACUUGAAUUGGCAUACCUUGACGACGUGACGCCGUUGCUGAAGUACUUGAUGCGACAAUCGCUGACGUCCUUACCUCUGCGGCAUCUACGGAUCGAGGCCAGCUUCUUCGGUGAACUGAAACUGAUGAUGUUUCUCAAGCGGUUAACGGCUUUGACGACGCUGGACCUGGUGGACGCUGACGAUGUCUCACCCAAUCUCCUCAAAGGUUUAUCGACCCCAGCGUCUGCUCAAACUUGGAUCUGUCCAAAGCUCGAGAAGCUUGAGUUGGCAGGAUGCUCUGGUAUUGACUGGGACUCAGUUCGCACGUUCGUCGAUUCUCGCUUGCCGCCUCAGUCUCGCGCGUUCCCUCGUCAGCAUGUUUCGCCAUGUCCAUCUUCAUCUUCCUCUCCAUCGUCGGCCUGUAUCCAACUACCUCCCGUUUCGAUAUCGGCUUCUGGUGUCACCCACCGGUGGCCUAGGAGACUGAAGAGCAUCGACUUGAGUCGGUGUCAUCAGAUUACGAAGGAGAUGGUGCAGUGGUUGCGAGUCUAUAUACCCGAAGUGAAGAGUGACGCUGCUAGAGGGGAAAGUACGUGG